AUAGGCUCUAAAUAGUCCAGUAUUAGAGAAGAGAGUGGACAGUGAAAAGGUUCAGUGGAAGUGAGAGAAUUAGUGAUGAUGGAGUUGCUCAUGCAGGGUUUGCUUCCUCUAUAACCUGCAGUGGACUUUUCCUGGUCAGGGAAAUUCUGUCCUCCUGACAUUUUACUUAUAAGCUUGCAUUCUAAACACAACAACAAAGCAAAGUCAUUCUGGUUGUGGACGUCAAUCUUGUUGGAUUUUUGACCGAUCGAUGGUAAGUCUUAUUUCAAACUCAUUUUAUAUUGUCAUUAAAAUAACCGCUCAGUUAUUUUGUUUAAAUAUAUUUUAAUGCAUUUUUAUUGCAUAGGCCCAAUAAUAUGUAAGAUUAUCAGCACAUAAUUAGCAAUGUUAUUCUUGCAUAAACAACUACUGAAGUAUCAUUUACCAGUUUAACAAAUAAAAUAUUUAGCCUAUUGUUUGUUCUGUUAGUAAUAUCCAUAUUACAAAACAAAGCGCUUAACUAGAUACAACAUGAUAUGUAAUGUUUUCACUUAUCUUUUAGAAGUUGAUAAGUCUCGAUUUUGCUUUCUUAAAAGCACAACUUUAAUGAAAUAGUUGCAUUUUUUAACCUUCUGUAAGAUUAAACCUGCAGUCACAACUGAGAACCAGUGAUUAAGAGUAUUCAUUGCAGUCUAAACUUUUCUCUUUUUUCCACCAACAGAUGUUUUUUCUCUUUUUGAGUAUGUUGGUGUUUCUCCGGUCCUCUGCUGACGGAUCCAUCAAAACAGCUGAGAGUUACUGGACACUUAAACCAAAUGUGCUUGUUGUGAAUGUCGAUGCAAGUGAAGAUGUAAACAUGGUGCCACUUAUCUGUGGAGAAGCCUAUGAAGGGGAAAAUAUUACAUGGACCAGAAACAACGAGGAAAAUCUGGAGGAUCAAGGAAACAGGAUCGUCGUCACAGUGGAGGCCUGGAAGGGGGGCAACUUCUCCUGUUUCAACAGUGAGGGAUCCUAUCUAAACCACACACUGGUGCUGGCUCAGUGGUCCUUCAGGAAGUUUAUCAAGAAUACUCCUGAGAAAGGUUACAUUGAUUGUUCAACAAAUAACUACGGAGGUUCGUUCAAAUGUAAAUGGGAAUGGGGUGAGAACAGGAAUGGCCAUGUUGUUCAUAUCAAAGCCACACGCCCUCAUGGUGGAAGCAACAUCAGCUGCAGUCUGGAUGACGGAGGACAGUCUAUCACAUGCUUGGACCAUGACUACUGUUCUUAUGCAGAGGAGGUGGAGCGCAUCAACCUGACCAUAUACUUCAGAAGCAGCUUUGUUGUUGAAUCCUACAAUACAAAGUUCUACUUCAUGGAUAUCGUGAGGCCUGAUGUGGUGCCUAUUAGUAGGAUCAACAAAACAUCAGUAGAGGUCAAAUACCCACACUCCUGGAACACACCAUCAUCUUACUUCCCUCUCAUGUUCCAAGUGGUUCGCUGUCGGAAACGUGAAAAAUGUGACUGCUCCAAACCGAACUUACAAGAGAUUUUAUUCACACAAAGUCACCAGCUGCCAGUGACAAAAGGGAUGUGUGUGUGUGUGAGAGCCAAGGACGAAUUCUGCAAUUCCUCAUGGAGUGACUGGAGCCAGUACAAAUGCAAAACCAGGAAAAACGGAAAGCAGAGGAACAGAGAACCAAAGUUAAAGACGCUAUAAUUUAUUAUGCAUCAUUAAAUCAAAAUCAAUAGAACCAUUAUGAUGCUUUCUGUAGUUAUGAACAAUGACUGACUCUAUAAGACCUUCUAUGGUCAUAUACUGUGUAAUUAAAUGCAAACACAUAAUAUGUGUUCUUGUAAUAAUGUAUUUAUUGUAAUAACACUUAUGCUCUUAAAUGAAUUAUUUAUAACUGUAGUGCAUUUUAACUGUGUUAAAUGUAUUUAUUAUGAUUGCUGAUGUCUUUACUUGAUUA